AUGUCGCCCGCUCUUCCGGACAUGCCGCGCCCGCUCUUCAGGAAAUGUCGCGCCCGCUCUUCAGGAAAUGUCGCGCCCGCUCUUCAGGAAAUGUCGCGCCCGCUCUUCCGGACAUGUCCUCCCGCUCUUCUGGACGUGUCGCACCCGCUCUUCUGGACGUGUCGCACCCGCUCUUCUGGACGUGUCGCACCCGCUCUUCCGGACAUGUCCUCCCGCUCUUCCGGACAUGUCGCUCUCGCUCUUCCAGACAUGUCGCUCCCGCUCUUCCAGACAUGUCGCGCCUGCUCUUCCGGACAUGUCGCUCCCGCUCUUCCGGACAUGUCGCGCCCGCUCUUCCGGACAUGCCGCGCCCGCUCUUCCGGACAUGUCGCGCCCGCUCUUCCGGACAUGUCGCGCCCGCUCUUCCGAACAUGUCGCGCCCGCUCUUCCGGACAUGUCGCUCUCGCUCUUCCAGACAUGUCGCUCCCGCUCUUCCAGACAUGUCGCUCCCGCUCUUCCGGACAUGUCGCGCCCGCUCUUCUGGACAUGUCGCGCCCGCUCUUCCGAACAUGUCGCGCCCGCUCUUCCGGACAUGUCGCUCUCGCUCUUCCAGACAUGUCGCUCCCGCUCUUCCAGACAUGUCGCUCCCGCUCUUCCGGACAUGUCGCGCCCGCUCUUCCGGACAUGUCGCCUCGCUUUUCUGAACACGUGCAUGCACACGUGUUCUCACGUCUCAAUAUGAAAACAAACUAA